AUGCAAACGCUUGAGAGCUUGCAUGCUGAGAAUACCGCGAAGUUGGCAGAGAAAGAGGGGGAGGUCAGGAGACUCCACGAGGUAGAAGCUGCUAAUGGAGACCAAGUGGAAACAUUGCAGCAAGAACUAAACAUAGAGAAAGAGAAACUCGCCAGUGCUGUUGCCGAGCUGUGUACAACGAAGAAUGACUCUCAAAAGGCGACACUCGAACUAGAGGCAAAGCUUGAAUCACUCCAAGCCGAUAACUUGAGAAGAAAUGAACAUUGCAAGUCAUUGGUAAGCGAGCUAUCAGCAGCAAAUUCCGCCAAAGAGAACCUAGAAUCUGGGAAGUCUAAUGCAAAAGCCGAGAUAUACGCCUUGCUUCGGAGGGUUCAGGACGCAGAAAGCCGGAUGAAGAAUGUCAAGGAAACACUGGACCAGAUGCGUUCAACCUCAUCACAGGAGACAAUUACGGACGCAUGGUCCCUAUUGAAUGACUUAUUGCAACUCGGAGAUCUGAAGAAGUCCACUGACUGCCAUCCUAUGGAUUCAAGCUCUCAGGUCAAACUCACUUCCGAUGUUCCUGUAGAAAUUCCUUCCGUUGCAGCGUCCCAAGGGGACUGCAGAACUCCAGCCCGAGGGGCUCUUCAGACAACGGAAUUCAUUUAUCGGACCGAAAGCAUCCAACGGAGUUUGUUCUCAUCUCCAAACGAAGAAGGCCUGAAUGUUGCAAGCUCCCAGCCAGUCAGUCGAAACAUAGGAAUUCCUGAUUCGCAGUCAUCCGCCGGUAUUAUACCAUUUUCAAGCAUCCGGCAACAGAUAUCUCCAGCCCGUCGCUCAACCUCUGCAGAGAGCUUUGUCGAUUUUGCCAUCAUGUCCGGUAUGAUACCCAAUGAACACAGAACUUCAGGGACGCCAGAUACGACAGGUAAAGCUGGUGAACCCGAGGGGGCAGCUUCGCAGGUUGCCGACUCCCAGCCGGUUGAAGAAACGAGGGAAACAAUAACCCCGACAGGCAAAGAUGCGCCAUCUGUAGUCCGUGCGGAGCCGAUAGAAGAACAGCUUCCUACAAAAUGUCUGCCAACAAAGCACAAGACAGUUAAGUUUCAAUCACAAGAUUCAGGUGCAGGUGACGAAAAGCGCCAAUAUCCGGCACCCGAUGAAAACGAGUUCCUUGAGAGAACGAACAAGCCACGAGAGAGAAAGCUGGUCCGUACAAAUCAACGAACCUACAGUCGCACUCAACAGCUCUCUUAUACAAGCAAGCACGAAAAGACGGUUCGCCAACAAUCUUCUUCUCGCAUCGAAGAGACCAGCGAUCGUGAUGGCCCAGGUCGCUCCCGUAGUAAUAUCCGAAAGACAACUGCCUCGGCGGCCUCGUCUGCUACACGAACACAAAGCAAGGGCUCCUCCGAGUAUCCGGAGCGCAAAGCGAGCCCUGCGAGCUUGGCCUCGGGCAGCAGCAAAUACCCAUCCGCGCAGGCUGAUCACCCGAACAGUGGGAAAUGGACACGGGGGUCUCGGGGCCGCAAGGCACGAGGUACGUAA